GGGUGGGCCGCCGCUGGACCCUGCGCGCGCGCCCGCCACCAACUUUCCCUCCAGACCGGGGAGGGGGCGGCGCGCUCCGCCCCCGCCCCCGGGCCGCGCACGUCCGCGCUCGGCGGCGCGCACGCCUGCGGGAGUCCUCUCCAGGCAACCUAGUGCUGAUCGCUCUCGCCGGUGCGGCGGUUAACAGCCUUUGCGGAAGCCGGAGGAUCGAGAGCAGCCCCCUCCCCUUCCUGGACUCCCCCCCCCCCCUCCACUUCCCGGUCGGCCCCGGGGCAUGAGCAACGAUGGCCGGCUGCAGCCCUGAGGAGAAAACUUACCGGCGCUUCCUGGAGCUAUUCCUGGGCGAGUUUCGCGGACCGUGCGGCGGCGGCGAGCCUGAGCCGGAACCCGAACCCGAGUCAGAGCCCGAGCCCGAACUGGUAGCGGCUGAGGCGGCCGAGGCUUCGGUCGAGGACCCCGGCGAGGAGGUGGCCACUGUAGCCGCGACGGAGGAGGGGGAGCAAGAGCAGGAGCAAGACCCCGAGCCCGACGAGGAGGCGGUGGAGGAAGAGGCGGUGGCGGCGGCGGAGGUCGAGGAGGAGGAGGCGGCGGCAGCCCGGGGGCAGUCGGCCGUGCAGCCGCCGCCGCCGCAGCCCCAGCUGCCGCCUCUGCCCCCGCUCCCGCGGCCGCUGUCGGAGCGCAUCACCCGUGAGGAGGUGGAGGGCGAGAGCCUGGACCUGUGCCUGCAGCAGCUCUACAAAUAUAAUUGCCCUUCCUUUUUGGCUGCUGCUUUAGCCAGAGCCACAGCAGACAAAGUCCUUCAGAGUGACCUUUCUGCACAUUAUCUCCCAAAGGAAACAGAUGGCACAGAAGGGACUGUGGAGAUCGAAACAAUGAAAUUGGCCCGUUCUGUCUUCAGCAAACUACACGAGAUUUGCUGCAGCUGGGUGAAAGACUUCCCUCUCCGCAGGAGACCCCAGCUUUAUUAUGAGACAUCAAUCCAUGCCAUCAAAAACAUGCGCAGGAAAAUGGAAGACAAACAUGUCUGCAUUCCUGACUUUAAUAUGCUCUUCAAUCUAGAGGACCAGGAAGAACAAGCCUACUUUGCAGUGUUUGAUGGCCAUGGGGGAGUGGAUGCUGCCAUUUAUGCCUCCAUUCACCUGCACGUUAAUUUAGUCCGCCAGGAGAUGUUCCCUCACGAUCCUGCUGAGGCCCUGUGCCGGGCCUUCCGGGUCACUGAUGAGCGGUUUGUGCAGAAAGCAGCCAGGGAGAGUUUAAGAUGUGGGACCACAGGAGUAGUGACUUUCAUCAGAGGGAACAUGCUCCAUGUGGCCUGGGUUGGGGAUUCCCAGGUCAUGCUCGUGAGAAAAGGGCAAGCGGUUGAGCUAAUGAAGCCACACAAACCGGACAGGGAGGAUGAAAAGCAGCGAAUUGAGGCUCUUGGAGGUUGUGUAGUCUGGUUUGGUGCCUGGAGGGUGAAUGGAAGUCUGUCGGUCUCCCGAGCUAUUGGAGACGCUGAACAUAAGCCAUAUAUCUGUGGGGACGCAGAUUCUGCCUCAACUGUUUUGGAUGGGACUGAAGACUACCUCAUUCUGGCCUGUGAUGGCUUCUAUGACACCGUGAAUCCUGAUGAGGCAGUCAAAGUUGUAUCUGACCACCUGAAGGAGAAUAAUGGAGACAGUAGCAUGGUUGCCCACAAAUUAGUUGCAUCAGCUCGUGAUGCUGGGUCAAGUGAUAACAUCACUGUUAUUGUGGUAUUCCUGAGGGACAUGAACAAAGCUGUAAAUGUUAGUGAGGAAUCAGAUUGGACAGAGAACUCUUUUCAAGGAGGGCAAGAAGAUGGUGGGGAUGAUAAGGAGAAUCAUGGAGAGUGCAAACGCCCUUGGCCUCAGCACCAGUGCUCAGCACCAGCCGAUCUAGGCUAUGAUGGGCGCGUGGAUUCAUUCACUGAUAGAACUAGCCUGAGCCCAGGGUCCCAAAUCAACGUGCUGGAAGACCCGGGCUACCUAGAUCUCACACAAAUAGAAGCAAGCAAACCUCACAGUGCCCAGUUUUUGCCACCAAUUGAGAUGUUUGGUCCUGGUGCACCAAAGAAAGCAAAUUCUAUUAAUGAGCUAAUAAUGGAGAAAAAAUCAGUUCAAUCAUCAUUGCCUGAACAGAGUGGUGCUGCAGAGUUUCCCUCUUUUAAUUUGGGUUCAACAGGGCAGCAGAUAUACAGAAUGGAGAGCUUGUCUCCUGUCUGUCCUAGGUUGGAAGAGGAACAGUUCAAAUUCCUGGGAAAGAGAGUUUCCAGAUUGUCUCAUUUACGCUAUCGUUAUUCAAAGAGACGGCACGGAUUCAGGUUUAAUCCAAAGUUGUAUUCAUUUAUGUCUGCUCAAGAGCCUUCCCGCAAAAUAGGCACUAGUCUCUCCUCACUUAUUCGAAGUGGGAAGAGAACUAGGUUGUUCAGAAGUUUUCUGCCGUGGAGGCAAAAUAUUUGGAAAGGAUAUAGUGCAAACAUGAUGAGGAAGCUCGGAAAGAGUAACGAUACUCCAGAUCCAGGCCUUCCCUCGAGCUACAAAAUAUAAAACUUCCCCUUUAAAGUAGGCUAGCUAGCUCUCCUCCAAUAAAAACACCACUGUCAGAGUAGAAACAAGGUAGACAUUUCUGAAAUAUAUGUGCUUCAUUAUGAAACCAUGGAUGGCUCAAUUCUUAAAUGUAAAUAGAUCUCUAGGAAACUCAAAGUAGUGUUUUCAAUCUAAAACAAAAAAAAGUACUGGCGGUUUCACUAGCAAAAUUAUACAACUGGUCCCUGUGAUGUGUCUCCACACCUACAUACAACUCCCACUUACUACCCCUUCACAUCACUAGUGGAAGUUUGUGAGUUAUUUUAGUCAGGAUAUCUAGUGUUGAAGUCUCAAUGCAGGUGAAAUCUGGUUUGAUGUGCCUAAUAUAUCUAUGGAAAACUUAAAGCAGAAUCAGAUGUAGUUGGGGGAUGUUCCUCAAAAGACUGGGGACUAUGAGGGAAACCCUCCUCUCUUUUUUCAUUUGGUAAAAGACUAAAAGCCAUAUGGGUUUUAAUUGGUUACAAUGAAAGUAGAAAACUAGCAUAAAAGUGUCAUAUUUUCUGACUUGUGAGAUGGUAUAUAAUCAAAAAGACUGAUUUUUUUUCCUGUAACAUAAAAGAUAAAAAUUUUCUGAAUUAAAAAGUACUUCCUAGGGCUGUGUAGCUAUUUGGGAGUUUCAUAACCUGUUAUGGUGCUUUUGGCGGGAUUUUUAUUAUUUGUCAUUUUAGAAGACCGCUGUCAACUGGUUUUAACCUAUGAUGCUGUUUUUCACUGUACCUUCAUCUCAGGAACAAAACUGGUUUAAUGGAGAUGAUGUUAGGUACAAAUAUACUAGAAUCAAGUUGCCAUUUAAAAAAGAAAAAUCAAAUAGUAUUUCUAUUUUUUCUGCCUUUUUUUUCCCCCUUAACAGACAGCAAAGGCAUAUACUACUACAAAAUAAAAAGUGGUUUUGGAGAAUGAAAAAUACUGGUUUUAACUUCUCUAAAAUUGUUUCUCCCAAGGGAAUGAAAUAACUGGUGUGAAAGAGGUGAAAGUACUGCCUAAAGUGAGCCCAGAGGCCAAGUGCAAAGGAGAAGGCAGGUAAACGGAGACUGAGGUCUAUUUAGUUAGGAAUGGAGAAAGCUCCACAGUCCUGCUCCAUGCCACUUCAGACUGCAGAGAGGAUGUCUUUCUCAUUUCAAUACUUACAUUUGAUAAUUUGAAGUUGUCUGCUUUUUGCCGUUCUGUAGUUUCAAGCUACAAGCGUAUCUUCAACUAAAGACAGCAAAUAAACUCGUAAUCAGAUUCAGUCAGUGAAGCAGCCUCUGAUUCUCUUGAGAAUCAUGACUAUCACCACAUGACCUCCUUCCCUCCCCUAGUCAACUGUGGACCAGCCAUGCCAAUGGAUAGGAGCUGCCCCUCACUCACACCACUUGGCGGGGGGGGGGGGGGGGGACGGACCAAAUGCUCUUGCCAAGAAACGUCCACUGCCUGUGUUUUUACAAAAUAAUACAAUUACUUUAUGUUCCCCAGACCCAUAAUGGAAACUCAGAUUCCUAGGCUUUAAAACUAAAAGACCACAGCAUGUUCUGGACGCCAGUGUAGCUACGGCAAAUACACAAAAACUUCACUUCACCAAUGAUCAGAUUAAUCCGUACAUUUUAUUUUUAAGAAUUUGGGUGUAAGUAGAAAUUUUCAAUAUUUCUCGUGAUUUUGAAGUCAUUUAUUCUUUUUCUCAAGUCUCGUGACACAUGGCUGAGGAGGAGGGAAUAAAUGUGGCUCCGAAUAUAGUACCAGAAUCUUUUCACCAACCUGAUGUUUGACCCUCAUACACGGACCUCACUCACAUCUGUCAUUUUCUGAAGCCUAGAUCUUGUUAACAACCCAUCAGAUGCAGUGUCAGUUUCAAAUCAAAUUAUCUAAGGAAACAAGAAAACAGGCAGCAGAAUAUUGGUACACAUUAUAAUCCAAAGCACUUAUCGAAAUUAAACAGUUUUUUAAAGAUUUUCUAUAGUUGUCCAUUGCUACUAUUUUUGAGCAGAAUAAAGAAGGUGAAAGGAAAGAUACAAAUGAUAGGUUUUUUUCAGUGGGGAAAAAUGGUUGGAUAAAACUCAGAUGAACGCAGACCACACAUCCUUAAGGGUCUGAAUUUUGUAGAUCUGACUAUAUAAGCAGUGUUAAUUCCAUUUUUCAUACCAGUAGCCCUCUAGAAAACAAAGCAAAGUAGUUCUAGUGUGGUCAACUUAUAAACCAAUAUUGUGAAAAAUAGCAACUAUUCAUUUGUUCACAACGUGCAUAUUUAUAGAGUAGUUAGGUACCAUUUGUAAGGUAAGUCCUUUAAAAUUCUAUAAUAUUAAAAAGUAGUGGUUAUUGGUAUGAUACAUGCUGCUCUUGGUUCUAUAAACUAGGUAAAAAGCAGUGCUUUGUGAAAUGCAGUGUUAUAUCUUAAUGCCACUGGUGAUAGAAAGUAGUUCCCUUCAGUUCAAAUCCUGUGCCCUUAUUUGCUGCUUGCUAAUGUAAGCAAUAAGUACCCCUCUAACUAAUGGUAUCUACACAUUCUGUAACUUGUAUUUAAUGAUGGUGUAUCUGGUGAUUGUAAAAAUAUUAGACAGUAUAAAAGUACAUAUAAUAUAUAUUAACUGUUAAUGCUGAGGUAAUAGUCUGUGAAUUACGUGUUUUGUACUUUUACUAAUUGUGUAAUUUAGUGGUGGUGAAAAUCCUACACUCAAUCCUUAAGAGUGACGGUAUCCCUUUUUCAAUUUAACAUGAUCUGCAUCAAUUUGUUUGCCUGCUAAAGUGUUGUUAGAAUAGGAAAUAGUAAAACAAAUAUAAACAAGAAAGUGUAGUACUCGUUAGGGAAAAAGACUUCAAGUUACCAAAUGAAGUCAUUACAAUCUCCUUGUACAUUCACUGUGAGUUUCAAAGGGAAUCAGUCCCUAACUUAAAGGUUUCCUUUGUUCACUUUCUAGAUGUGUACUUUUGAGGGAUAUCUGAGGUUUAGCAACAUUACAGCACCAAACACUGGGGCAAUUAAUCCCACUCAUAUCUGUGCUAAAGAGGAUGGUGGAAACACAUAUGUAUAUACCUUUUCUUUACCUAGAAGUGCCAUCCACUGUCCUUGAGUUAAUAAGAUUAAAGUUUCUGUUGCAUUUAACUAGGAGGAUCCUUGAAAGUAACACCUUUUCCAAGGACAAUGUCAACAAUGUUAAUGUCAACACUGAGUCUGAUUCUGACCACAUUUAUAGUGGUAUAAUGUCAACGUGGUGGUAUAGUGUCACGCCGCAUCUUCAUGACAACCAUACUCCAUUGUUGGAACACUUAAGAAAUGCAACAUCUGAUGGGCAGAUGAAAAUGAUGCAUAAAGAAGUUCAGUGUUUACAGAUAAAACUGCUGUGGUUCAAGUACUUCCUUCCCCAUCAAAGGCUUGCCAAGGCUUUGUGAGAAAGUGAUUUGUAAAUUAUUAUUUUAGUGUUUAAAUACAAUGUAUUCACUUGAUGACCAUUCUCACCUACGCAAGGCCAUAAAGGGGGAUGCUAUAGCUUUGGUCACAUCAUCGUUUCGGACAAUUUUUCUUUGAAUCAUAAAUUAGCAAAAGAACAUACUUUUUUUACCUUUUAAAAUCCUGUCAUGUUAAUGGACAAAUUAUUCACCCUUCUGUUCUAACCUGUGAAUAGCCUAAAUGUUUUUUUUUUUUCAAAAUAAGAUACCGCCAGUAUUAUCACAUGACUAUUUUCCAAAUGGUACUGUUUUGAAAAAUAAUUGUUACUUCAUCUAGCAACAUUUUAUCUUCUAUUUUGAAGACUACUUAUUGUACUAAUUAGAAAAAAGCAAAUAAAAACAGGAACUCCAGACUGAUACAGCAGUUGUUCUGGAAAAGGAAAUACUCUAACAAACUCUGAUGUAUGAGAUAAUCCACAGAUACAUCAUUGUUAACUCUUACUCUAGGUGCUCUUUGGUGAGAGACAGGCUUUGUUCCCUUGUUCAUGACAUUUCUCUGCAAAGAAUUCUCUAUGGAGUGAAGCGAAUGAAGUGAAUCAUUUCUUACCAAGUAUAUUUAUUAAUUUACAGACCUGCUCUACAGCUCACUUUUGAGUUCAGUUGUAAUCAUGAGUGAUCCUUCAUAUUUUAUUUAUUAAAACUGUUCAUUCAGGUAAGAUGUAUGUUGAAAUUUUGCCAAUACCUUAAUAAAACCCAGCAAUUUAAAACCA